AUGGACCAAGAGACACUCCAAAAUAUACUGCGUGGGAAAGAGACUCCCCUACCACCAGAGACGUCUAAUGUUGUAAGACUGUUUAUAAGCUCCACCUUUUCAGAUAUGGUGGCGGAACGUGAUGCUAUCAUAGAGUUAGCCUACCCUGAGGUGCAGAAGUUUUGCCAGAAGAAUGGACUGGAGUUUGAGUUGGUUGACAUGCGCUGGGGAGUCAGUGAUUAUGCCACAGUGGAUCACAAGACCACAGAGCUGUGUUUGAGGGAGAUUGAACACUGUCAGAAAACAUCCAUGGGACCCUAUUUUAUGGCUCUGGUAGGGCAGAGAUAUGGCUUCAGGCCUAUUCCACGUGUCAUUUAUGAGGAAGAAUUUAACAUCCUCUAUGAAAAGGUGAAAAGGGAUGAAUCUGAUGCUGAGCUGCUGAGGAACUGGUAUUGGAAGGACCUGAACUCAGAGCCUCCCUCCUAUAUCAUGCAACCAAUCACUGUUCACCUCCCUUAUUAUGCUGAUCCCAAUCCUGCUCAUGCAGAACUCAAAGAGCGAGACUUUAAGGAAUGGAGACAAAUUGAGAAGAGGCUAGCCCAGGCCCUACGUGCAGCUGCAGAAGAGGCUUAUAUAGAAGGAAAGAUUACUCAGGAACAGAAACAUAAAUAUUUUAAAUCAGUGACAGAGGGGGAGAUUGAAUGUGGUUUCCUGACCUACUCCUCUAACAGUGACAGUGCUACUAUCUUCAUGCGUGAGGUGAUGGAUGUGGAUCUCUGUGACAAUAAAAUAUUCAACUUCUUUGAUGUUAAGGAAGAUGGAAGCCCAGACACAGAAGCUCAGGAGUAUUUGGGGAAUCUUAAGAGUAGGAUAAUUAAGGAGCACGCUGACAACGUGAAGACCCACAUGGUGGAGAUGAGCAAAGAGAGGACUAAAAGCAAAUACUUGCAGGAUCUUUGUGAUCAGUUCAUAGCUGUUGUUAACCACCAAAUACUGAAGUCUCUGCCUAAGAAAGAUGAAGAGCAAGCAGGACCAGAGUCCUGGAAGACAUGGCUGGUACAGGAGAUCACUCACCAUAUAUUCUUGUCACAUAAGAAAUCUGAAGUAUUCUGUGGGCGACAGGAGCUGCUGCACAACAUUAUAAAUCAUGUAAGAAACAGCAGUACUAAAGUGCAUCCACCAUUGGUAAUUUAUGGUGCUUCAGGGUCUGGAAAAACAGCGAUAAUGUGUAAAGCAUUUGAGAUGCUGAGACCAACUUCUGCAAACAAUGUGAUUUUAAUCUUAAGGCUUCUUGGAACAUCCCCUCAGAGUUCGGAAAUUCAUGAUGUUCUAAAAGGCCUUUGUUACCAGGUGUCUUUGGCACUGGACCUGCCUCCACCUUCUGCCCAUGUAAUGAACAUCUACAAUGAGACUGUGAGGUUUUUUCAUCAGCUUCUCACUACUGUCUCUGAAAGGAGGAAAGAAAUGUUGGUGAUAUUCCUGGACUCUCUUGACCAGCUCUCUCCAUCAGAAGGAGCCCAUCGCUUGCACUGGCUUCCCAAAGAAUGCCCAGUCAAUGUGCAUAUAAUAGUAUCCACUUUGCCACAAGAAGGUGGCAUUCUUAAAACCCUACAAGAAACAGUUACAGAUUCAGAGUCUUUCCUGGAAGUGCAGUCUCUGCCUCCAGAGCAGGGCAGUCAAAUGGUUGAGAUGCUGAUGGCUUCCGCUGGGCGUAGACUGACUCCAGCCCAAGUAGAUAUUGUCCUAAGAAGCUUCAAAUUGUGCAGCCAGCCCCUGCUCCUCAGAUUAGCAUUUGAUGAGGCCAAGAGGUGGGCGUCCUACACUCCAACUGACCAGCUAGAUAUUGCUCCCAGCACCAAAGCUGCUGUGCAUCAACUGUAUCAGCGCCUGGAACAGCUUCAUGGAAAACUAUUGGUGUCACAUUCCCUAGGCUACAUUGUAGCAUCCAGGAAUGGCCUGUCAGAGGCAGAACUGAAGGAUAUCCUCUCCAUAGACAAUGAGGUCCUCUCUAAUAUUUACCAAUACUGGGCUCCUCCCAGAGAUGAUGUCAUACGAUUUCCUUCACUCCCAUGGACCUUUUUACGAGUUGACUUGGAAGGCUACUUAGUGGAGAGGCAGGCAGAUCGUAGCACUGUUCUGGGCCUCUAUCACAGACAAUUUGUUGAAGUUGCUCAAGAAAUGUACUUGUGUGAUUCAGAGAAGCUCAAAAUACAUAGCAUAUUGGCUGAUUACUUCCUUGGAACUUGGAGUCUGGGUAUUAAGCAUCCCAUCCAAUUACCUUUCAUUAACAAGUCCUUGAAUGCAGAUAGAAAGGUGGCUCCGCAACCCCUGUGGUUCUCGGAAGACAUGCCAAAUUUGAGGAAGAUGAGUGAACUUCCUUAUCACCUUUUGAAUGCUGGACGUAUUGAGGAACUGAAGAAGGAAGUGUUAGGUAGCAUGGAAUGGAUAUCUAGCAAAACGAUAUCCUGUGGGUUUCAAACUGUACUUGAAGACUUCAAGAUGUCUGUGGAACGUAUUGGAUGCCCCCAGCUUCGGUUGGUGCAUGACACUCUCCGGCUUUUUCAACCCACCAUUAAUUUUAUUGAAGGUCGCAUUGAUCCUUGCAUUAUAUACACAGAGAUGUUGGCAAGGUUGCAUUUCUUCCACCAGUCUUGCCCAUCCCUGAUUGGUGACAUAUGCCAACAGUGCACUGCUUGGUUCGAUCAAUAUCCAAAUCCUACACUCAUGCCAACAUGCGGCUUCUUCCAGCCUCCUGGUGGACCUCUGCUUACCACCGUAACUGGAUUCAAACAAGGUGUCACUUACAUGGAACUGUCUGCUGAUUUCAACCUUCUUGUGGUGGGUUCUGAUGAUGGAACAAUGAUAGUGUGGAACAUUAAGGAUAUUGAAGUUAUCCACACCCUGAUUGGACAUUCUGCUGGGAUAUGCUGUGUUAAAGUGUUUGGCCAGGGUUUCCGUGCUGUCUCUGGCUCUCUGGAUAAUACCCUGAUGCUGUGGAACCUAGUGACUGGUAAGAGCUGGCAGCGUAUUCAUGAAGACCACUGCAGUUAUGAAAAUGCCUAUCUGCACGUGGAUGAAAAAAAUUACACUUUAUAUUCAGCUGCAGGGUCUCAGGUUUACGUUUACAAUAUACAGUCCGGAGACCUCAUUCUACGCCUGUCCCCUGGCGUUCCUAACUUCCCUCUGCAAGCUGCAGUAUUCCCUCCCCAGCAGCUUUUAGUGACAGUGACAGAGGGAGGGACAGUCCAUAUCUGGGAUGUCACGACAGGAAGCCUGCAAGGAUCACGCCAACUGCCUGGGGUGGAUGGAGAGGGAGCCAUUCCUGUCUGCAACUGCAUCAUCCGCAAACAUGGAAAGAUGAUUGUGGGGUUCAAAAAUGGUUCCUUGGCUUUGAUAUCAACAGGCGGGGGAGUUUCCACAGAGAAGAUGGUCUGUGCGCUGACAUUUGUAGUGGUGGCUGAUGAUGAGUCGCUGUUUGCAGCAGGAUUUGGUAAUCAGGUUCAGGUUUUCCGGGCUGAUUCAAACACCUUCAGAACAUUCUUAAAUUCCUGUCUGGAGCAUGAGGAUCUGGUCGAAUCUGCUGUGAUCAGCAGUGAGAAGAAUAUUAUAGUGACUGGAUCACAGGAUGAAACUAUCAGGAUCUGGAGUCUUUCUCAAAGGGGUGUCCUGCUAGACUCUUUCUAUGGGAUGGGAGUUCCAGUCACCAUGCUGAUAUUGUGUGACAACACACUUGUUUCUGCUUCCCGGAAUGCGUAUUACUUGAAGCUCUGGAAUCUGGAGUAUGAUAAGCAGCACAAAACAUUACCACCCUUCCAAGAUCGUAGUGGAUGCAUUGCUCUAUCUGAUGGCGGAAAGCGUGUGUAUUUCCCCAAGACAGGAGACAAGCAUAAAGUCAUAGUCUGGUCCUCUGAGCAAGGUCUGGUGUCUGAUAUUCUAGAAUCCUCUUCAGAAGUGACCUGUAUGGAAAUUGGAGAGAGUAAGAGGAUACUAUUGUGUGGUUUAGCCUCAGGGACUGUACUGGCCUUUCCACUAGAUCAGAGACAAGAUGUUGCAUGUAUUCCUCCACCUGAUAAAAGCACAGAAGUUGUCUGUCUAUCUCUUAGCAAGAGGGAAAACCAUCUGGCUGUGGCUUAUCAUCAUCUAAUAGUUCUAUAUGAUGUCAGCAAGGGAGACCCUAAUCCACUACUGGAUGGUCCCAUCCAUUCUAUCCAUCCAGGCAUCUCAAGUGCUGUGUGCAGAGUGGCCAUUCUGGAGGAUUGGAGGGUUCUUUAUGGAAUGGAAGGAGGAGAGCUGUGUCACUUCAGCUGUGUUAAAGAUAAAGGUCGGAGACUAGAGUCCCAUGGAAGCAAAAUAACCUGCCUAGAAACAAGCAAUAAUGAAGUAUAUGCACUAAGUGGGUGCAGGGACUCAGUUCAGCGACUUUGGAACCUGGAAACUGGCAAAUGGGAGUAUGAGAUGUGUUACAAGGGCUUCUUUUUCCAAGGCAUUGAAUGUGCUUGCUUCUCACAAGAUGAUAAAUACAUAUACACAGGAUCUCAGGAUCGAGCCAUCAAAGUCUGGGACGUUGCAACUGGUAACCUCCUCGCAGUACAGUACGUUUAUGCAACUGUGACUCGGAUUGUCUGUACCCAGGAUGGAUUCAUUGCCACAACAAGGCUUGGCUAUGUCAUUCAUGAACAGUUCAGGUGUCCUCAAACAAUUAGCCCUCAGUACGACCCAUUGAAGAACAUUAAAGCCACAUGCACUGUGAUAUCAAGGAAAAAAAAGAAAAACAAAGACAAAGCUGAUGAAAAAGCCGGAAAAUCAAGGUGGAGAUGCAGAGAUCAAACCACCAAAACAUCACAAAUAUGCCACAUUGUUUAGCAAGAGAGGAGAGGAACUGUGUUCUACUGUAGGUUUCCUGGGAAGACCACUCCAAAGUAACCCGUCAUCAAUCUGCACAUGUCUUUUGUGUCCCUGAAAUAGUUAAACCAGAGUUGGAUUUAGGUUUUAUAAAGCAUGAUGCUCAGUCUGUUUCCACUUUUAA